AUGUCAACAAUCGUCCAGUCGUCCACUACCUCAGUGGAGUUAACCUCCAGAAACGGCGCCGAAGAACGCCUCCACCGAGCAGAGCGCCCCUCGCCCAUCGUCGAAGAUGACCAGAUAAUGCAAGAGUCUCUGGUUGCCGACUCACAAGUCCCAGAUGGCGGCUAUGGAUGGGUCGUCAUAUCUGCCUGCGCCAUCCUCACCUGGUGGUUCAUUGGAACCUCUUACAGCUGGGGAAUUAUUCAGGCAGCCUUGGUGAAGGAAGGUGUUUCGUCUGCGUCGACCCUCGCUUUUGUCGGCUCGCUAGCCGUCGCGUGUAUCUCUUUCCUGGGGGUCAUCAAUGCACGUCUGAUUCGCUUAUUGGGGACUCGGGCUUCUGCGGUCUUGGGCGUUGUGUUUUUGGGAAUGGGAGAGAUUCUGAGCGGGUUUGCGCUUAAGAGUGUUGGGGGGUUGUUUGUGACCGCUGGAGCUGUCAUGGGCAUUGGGAUCAGUCUUUGCUUUAUGGUCGUGUCGAUCAUCCCCGCGCAGUAUUUCAAAGCCAAACGAGGAAUCGCCAAUGGCAUAGUCUAUGCUGGCGGUGGCCUCGGCGGCGCGGUCAUUAGCUUCAUCGCAGACUCUCUCGUUCAGAAUACCGGCAUCGGCUGGACAUUCAGGACGCUGGGCUUGAUGACCCUCGCCACAGGUAUUCCCGCGGCCCUCUUCAUCAAAGAGCGGACACCCAUUCCAAGAGCUGCAAUCAUCGAAUGGCACCUAUUCCGCGACGUCCGUUUCACCCUCCUCUUCCUCGUCGGCGCAAUCGCCACUUUCCCUCUACUACUCCCUCCCUUCUUCCUCCCACUGUACACAGACUCUCUCGGCAUGAAAUCCAGCGUCGGCGCCGGUGUUGUCGCAGCAUUCAACUUCUCCUCCGCCCUGGGUCGCCUUAUGUGCGGAUUCUGCAGUGACGCCCUAGGACCGCUGAAUACGCUCUUCCUCUCUCUAACGCUCAGCGCCAUGAGCAUGCUCGUUCUGUGGCCCGUCUCAAACAGUAUUGGACCACUUAUUGCGUUUGUGAUCAUCAAUGGGAUGUCGAAUGGUGGUUUCUUCUCAACGAUGCCGACGGUUGUUGGGAAUGUGUUUGGGUCUGCGAGAGUUUCGGUGGCCAUGGGGAUGAUUGUGACGGGUUGGGCUGGGGGCUAUCUCCUGGGUGCUCCGAUCGCCGGAUAUAUUCUUGACGCCUCGGGAGGUGAGGAGGGUGGGACCAAGGCAUACAGACCAGCUAUAUUCUAUGCUGGAUCUUUGGCACUUACAGCUGCUGUCCUGGCUGCAGCUAUUCGAUUGAAGACGGAGCGGAGCUUGAAGAAGAGGUUGUGA